GUCCAAUGAGAUCACGCCGCGUUCCGGGCCCGAUGGUGAAGGCAAGCCGGCGAUAAGGGAAAAAUAAAAAACCCACAACUAUUGACCCCCGAGAGAGACGUGGUGGGAAAAGCACGGGGGACCCGCAGCCCGCAGAGCAGCCCCGGCAAACGGCGUCGUUUCUUCCUCCCUUUCGUCCGCAUGCGAGGCGUCCCAGUUCCGUUUGUGCUGGCUGAAGGAAGAAGGUUCAUCAUGAGGAGGAACCUGGCAUGUUGCACCCUCUUCUGCCUUCUUCUGGCAUGGUUGCCUUCUUACUCAGCUCCUCUGGCUGUCAUGUCAGUUGACUUGGGUAGUGAGUGGACGAAAAUAGCAAUAGUGAAACCUGGUGUGCCAAUGGAGAUUGUUCUCAACAAGGAAUCAAGAAGGAAAACGCCUACUGCUGUGUGUCUAAAGGAGAACGAGCGACUCUUUGGAGACGGUGCAUUAGGAGUGUCUGUGAAGAACCCGAAGGUUGUCUACAGAUACCUCCAGAGCCUCCUGGGCAAGAAGCAUAACAACCCACAGGUGGCGCUCUACCAGAAACACUUCCCUGAGCACCAGCUUCUAGAGGACCCAGCUAGAGGCACAGUUUUAUUUAAAAACACAGAAGGACUGCAGUAUACCCCUGAGGAGCUCCUUGGUAUGGUCUUGAACAAUUCUCGUGGACUUGCUCAGGACUUUGCUGAACAAACAAUCAAAGAUGCAGUGAUCACCAUUCCAGCCUUUUUUAACCAGGCAGAGCGCAGGGCAGUCCUGCAGGCUGCCGAGAUAGCAGGGCUGAAGGUCCUUCAGCUCAUCAAUGAUAAUACAGCAGUGGCCUUGAACUAUGGAGUCUUCAGGAGGAAAGACAUUGACAGUAAUGCUAAGAAUAUCAUGUUCUAUGAUAUGGGCUCUGGCAGCACGACGGCAACUAUUGUCACUUACCAGACAGUUAAGACCAAGGACUUUGGCAUCCAGCCCCAGCUGCAGAUCCGAGGUGUCGGGUUUGACCGUGGGCUGGGGGGCUUCGAGAUGGACCUGCGCCUCCGGGACCACCUGGCCAAGCUUUUCAAUGAGCAGAAGAAGAGUAAGAAUGAUGUCAGGGAAAACCACCGAGCUAUGGCCAAGCUCCUCAAAGAGGCUCAGCGGCUCAAGACUGUGCUUAGUGCAAACGUUGACUUCAUGGCCCAGGUAGAGGGUCUGAUGGAAGACCUUGACUUCAAAGCCAAGGUGACCAGGUCAGAAUUUGAGGCCCUGUGUGCAGAUCUGUUUGAGCGAGUGCCUCGCCCUGUGCAGGAUGCCCUGACCUCUGCAGAGAUGACACUGGCUGACAUUGAGCAGGUGAUCUUAAUUGGUGGCUCCACACGUGUACCUAAAGUUCAGGAAGUGCUGCUCAAAGCUGUGGGCAAAGAGGAGCUGGGGAAGAAUAUCAAUGCAGAUGAAGCAGCAGCCAUGGGUGCAGUGUAUCAGGCUGCUGCCCUCAGCAAGGCUUUUAAGGUGAAACCCUUCCUGGUCCGAGAUGCUGCUGUCUUCCCCAUUCAGGUUGAAUUCUCCCGCGAGACUGAGGAGGAGGGGACCAAAACCCUGAAACACAACAAGCGCAUCCUUUUUAGCAGGAUGGCACCCUACCCCCAACGCAAAGUCAUCACAUUCAACCGCUACAAUGAUAAUUUCGCCUUCGACAUCAACUAUGGUGACCUCAGCUUCCUUGGAGAAGAGGACCUCAGUGUGUUUGGCUCGCUGAACCUGACCACGGUCAAGCUGUCUGGGGUGGGCGACAGCUUUCAGAAGCACUCGGACGCCGAGUCCAAAGGCAUUAAGGCUCAUUUCAACAUGGAUGAGAGCGGUGUGCUCCUGCUGGACAGGGUUGAAUCUGUCUUUGAAACCGUUGUGGAGGAGAAAGAAGAGGAGUCAACAUUAACAAAGUUGGGAAAUACUAUUUCCACCUUGUUUGGAGGGGGAUCCUCGGACCCGAGUCCAAAUGUAACUGAACCCAUCCAGGAUGAGGAGGAAGUGCCCCCAGAGUCUGGGAAGGAGGUGAAGGAGGAGGCGGAGAAGGAGGAGGCUCCUCAGGGUGAUAAAUCGGAGAAUGUGGAGAAAGCAACAGCUGAGGAGUCGACUCAGGAGAAGGCGGACGAUGCAGGCAGCAAGGCCGAUGUCAAGGAGGAGAAGGAUGGAGAAAAAUCUGGAAAUACGGAAGCAGAGAAGGAAGCAGAGAAGAAGGUGAAACCUCAGAAAAAGACCAAGAUCUCUGAUGACAUUGCCGUGGAACUCAUCAUCAAUGACAUACUCAAUCCCGCUGCAGAUGACAUCAUUGUCUCCAAAAAAAAGCUACAAGACAUGACGAACAGAGACUUGGCAAAACAGGAACGGGAAAAGACACUCAACAAUCUUGAGGCUUUCAUCUUUGAGACGCAGGACAAGAUGUACCAGGAGGAGUACCAGCUGGUGGUAUCGGAUGAGGAGAGCGAGCAGAUUUCAAGCAAACUGAGCGAGGCCUCCGCAUGGAUGGAUGAGGACGGGUACUCUGCCACCACCAAGGAGCUGAGGGAGAAGCUGUCUGAACUGAGGACCUUGUGUAAGGGGAUGUUCUUCAGGGUGGAGGAGCGUCGCAAGUGGCCCGACCGUCUGGCCGCCCUGGACAGCAUGCUAAACACCUCCAGCUUCUUUCUCAAGAGCGCUAAACUGAUCCCAGAAGAUGACCAAAUCUUCACUGAAGUCGAGUUGAAGUCGCUAGAAAAAGUGAUCAAUGAGACCACGACAUGGAAGAACGAGACGUUAGCGGAGCAGGAGAAGCGCUCCACCAAAGAGCGGCCUAUCCUGCUGUCCAAAGAUAUCGAGUUCAAGCUGUCUCUGCUGGACCGCGAGGUCAACUACUUGCUGAACAAGGCUAAGUUCGCCAAGCCCAAGGCCAAGGCCAAGAACAGCACCAGCCCUGAAAAGACAGACAAGGCCAACAGCACAGCGGAGGAGAAAGUAAUUCCUCCUACUGAGACGAGCACAGAGAAAGACAGCGAAAGCACAGCGGAGGUGCCGCCGGGUGAAGAACCACCCACUGAAGAGGCUACUAAUGAGAAUACAGAUAGCCAAUCGCAACCAACAGAGGAACCUACAGGACCAACGGAGAAGACUGAGUCAGAAAACCACAUAGGGGAUGAAUUAUAACAGCUGGAACUGUAAAGAAUAUUUCACUAUAUUUAUUGACAGUGUAUAAUUGUUGAAGUUCCCUCACCUUUGGUUUUUUUUUUUAAAUACCCUUGUUUGUUUGAGCUCAUGGACAUUAAUUGGAUAAGAGGAGAGACCACUCAUCUCCUGGCCACCUUCCAUCACCCUUCUUUUCCUCCUGUGUUCAUCUCUUUCCACUUACUGAAGCUGUGAGCAAGGAGCACCUACAGACUGCAGGGAGACCAUUAAAAGAAUUAGGUCCAAGAUUGCAUCUAACUCAAAAUAGAUGUUGUCCCAAAGUUUUAAGACGGGGUAUAUAAAUACAUCCAGUACUGGCUUUGAUGUAUUUUCCCCCCCUUGUAACUACAUCCAAUGUUACUCUGCUAAAGUGAGUAGAAAUGCAUAUUGUGCAUGUCGCUGUAAGGAUUCAAUCUGUCGACAACAAGGACCAGUGCUGACAUUUUUCUAGUUAGUCAUGCAUUUAGUGUUUCAUCUGUUGCUUUACUGCACUGUACUCUCCACCAUGCCAUCCAUGUCUGUGGGGCUGUCAUUUGUUUUAAUGGCUGCACUGUCUUCAUUUUCCCCUGGUCACCAAUUUGAUUCAUGACCAGUUGGUGCUUGGGUAUUCAUGCAAAUUGAUGGAAGUAGGGCAAGUUUUUUGUUUGUUUUUUUUUGGACAACAUGAUUUUUCAUAUGUGGAUGCUAGUUGUUUCCAGAAUAUAUUUGGCUGUACAAAUUGGCGGCACUCGGAUUCUUGAAAAGUCUGACUUGAACUUGAAAAAUAAGGUUUUUGCUACUUCCAUAACCAGUAAGUAGAUCACGCAAUACAGUACUGUUUUUACUUCGGUGUUUACAAACACGGUAACCUUUUAUGAAACAUGCAAGAC